GCAAAUUCUUGAAUUUCAGCUUCCUCCUCUUGUUUUCCGUCCUGUGUAUUUCUCACUGCGAACAAUCGAUAUUCCUUGAUAAGAAAGAGAUCCCAACUUCACCACCAACAUGGGUGCCGGUGGCCAGCCCGUUGGGCCUGGCAUGUUCAAAGCAGCCUUGGCAGAUACCCCUCACGAAGCUUUCAACUGGAGGCUUGUUUUCAGUGUUGUCUGCUUUGGACUUAUGGGCGCUGCUCGAGGUCUAGACGAAGGUCUCAUUGGAACGACUGUUACACAAAAGAGCUUUAUCUCAGAAUAUGGACUCAGUGUUACGAAAACCCAGAAUAAGACAGAACUUGCUUCCAGAAUUGGAAAUAUCACGGCUAUGGUCCAAAUUGGUAGUGUGGGCGGUGCCCUUAUUGCGUUCAUCGCUUGCGACAAAAUUGGACGUAUUUGGGCUACUAGACAGCUCUGCGUAAUCUGGAUUAUCGGUGUUAUCAUUUAUAUCACCUCUGCUGGCAAUUAUGGCCAGAUUCUAGCGGGCCGAUUUAUCAUGGGUCUCGGCAUUGGCCAAACCACCGUCGUUGCGCCAGCAUACCUCGCCGAAGCAGCUCCUCGCAGUAUUCGAGGUCUCUGUAUCUGUCUGUUUUCGGGCAGUGUAUACCUCGGCAUCAUGCUGGGAUACUUCGCAAAUUGGGGAACUUCUUUGCACAUCUCCAACAAGAGCGCUGACCAAUGGAUCGACGCAACAGUCAUGCACAUUAUCUUUGCAGGAAUCAUCCUAAUCAUGAGUAUCUUUGCUCUGGAAUCUCCUCGAUGGCUCGCCAAAGUCGGCAGAAAUGAGCAGGCUGAGAAGAACAUGUGCAAGCUUCGACAGUUGCCACCAGAUCAUCCCUAUGUUAGAGCUGAGAUGAUCGAUAUCCAUGAUCAGUUGGAACGGGAGCGCGAAGCUACCCUUGGAUCAGGAUUUCUGGGCCCAUUGAAGGAGUUGUUUAUGUUGCCUGCGAAUAGGUAUAGGAUUGUGUUAGGUCUUAUGUGUCAACUUCUUGGACAAUGGUCUGGUGCUAACUCAAUCACCAUCUACGCACCUCAAUUCUUCUCUAUCCUCGGCACAACCGGCUCCUCCGAAAAGCUCUUCGCAACAGCUAUUUUCGGCGUCGUUAAAUUCGUCUCAGCCCUCAUUUGCGCCUUCUUCCUCGUCGACUUCCUUGGCCGCAAACGUUCCCUCUCAAUUGGAAUCAUCAUCCAAUUCAUUUCAGUCCUCUACAUCGCCAUCUACCUCACCGCUGUACCAACAAUUACUUCCGGCCAAGUCCAGUCAGCCGCUGCCAGACACGCUGGCACUGGCGCCAUCGUAUUCAUCUACUUCUCCGGCGUAGGCUGGGCUUUGGGCUGGAACUCUAUCCAAUACCUUAUUGGUGCGGAGAUCUUCCCUCUCCGUGUCAGAUCUCUGGGUACUUCCAUGAUCAUGUGUUUCCACUUCGUCAACCAAUACGGAAAUUCCAAAGCGGUACCAUUGAUGUUAAUCGAUGGCUCCGGAGGUCUAUCUCCUAAAGGCACAUUCUGGUUCUUCUCAGCAGUGACACUGCUGGGUUUGGCGUAUGUCUGGUUCUUCUUGCCGGAGACGGCGGGCAGGAGCUUGGAGGGUAUGGAUGCGUUGUUUAGUCUGCCGUGGACGGUUAUUGGGAGGAAGGGAGCGGCGCUCACGGCUGGGCAGGGAAGUGUGGCUGAGGCGAUGGCGAUGGGUGAUUCGGAGAAGGUGCCGGAGAUUGAGAGGGAGGAGAGGGUUGAGAAUGUUGAGAAUGCGGGGACUUUGGAGGAGAAGAGGACUUGAGGAAUGAAAAUGGGAUGACUUAUGCGAAACUAUUGUCAUUGGGACCUUUGGACGGAUUCGGC